GCUGUUUCCUCUGCUAUGAUGCCAGGGCAGAUCCCCGACCCGUCCCUGACGGCCGGCGCGCUGCCUGGGCUUGGCCCCUUGACGGGACUGCCUGGCACAGCCCUGACCGCCGAGGAGCUAAAGUACGCUGACAUCCGCAACAUCGGGGCCAUGAUCUCACCACUCCACUUCCUGGAGGUGAAGCUUGGGAAGAGACCCCAACCCGUGAAAAGUGAGCUGGAUGAGGAAGAGGAGAGGAGGAAAAGGCGCCGGGAAAAAAACAAAGUAGCAGCAGCGCGAUGUCGUAACAAGAAGAAGGAGAGGACGGAGUUCCUGCAGCGGGAGUCCGAGCGUCUAGAGCUCAUGAACGCUGAGCUGAAGGCCCAGAUAGAAGAGCUGAAACAGGAGAGGCAGCAGCUGAUCCUGAUGCUGAACCGGCACCGUCCCACCUGCAUCGUGCGGACAGACAGCAUCAAGACGCCCGAGAGCGAAGCCAACCCGCUGCUGGAGCAGCUAGAGAAGAAGUGAAGGUGGCACUGGGCCAGGAGGAGGAGACAGUGGCGCAGGGUCUUCCAGGGUCUCUAAUGUAUGUACUGUAUGAAGAACUGUGCACCCAGGCCUGGUACAGCCAGGACCCAGUGGGCUUCCUUGGGAACUAUGGACCAAACAAAUAUGGGGACAGAGAAGAUCAGGAACCUGUCAACCAUGUACUCUGAGGCUGAACCCAGGAGCAGGGCUAGCGGCGCUGGUGAGGGCAACCUCCCUGUGAUACCUCAUCACGGCCCGUCAGCCUGCUUACGGCCCCGGGGACCCACGAUGCUGCAGCACGUCCCAUGAGGACCAAAUGCCCCAUGG